UAACGUCAGACUGAUGCCGUUUGUAAGUGAAGCCCAGAGCUCACAGUACCUGAGCUAGCACCCAUUUUCACUGGAAGCUCAGGUACUGCAGCUGGCUGGGCUGCCGAUAAGAUAAAGCGCCAUCUGAUAGCGAUAAGCUUGCCAUUCACGGCUGAUGCCAAUACAGCUUCAUCAUCGCUUCCUCUCCAUCCUUACCACUAGCUAAUUCCUCUAUAUAUCCAGCUUUGCACACCCUCAAUUUGCGUCCAUAUUGUCUCGUCUGCUACCAGACAUUACGACACUCGUCACACAGCUUGCGAUUUGAGUUCGUCUCCGCCAGACCGCCAUCAUGGCGCUCUCUCCAGUCGUCACGACCACCUCAUCCGCUUCAAACCCACAGCUCGAGAAUAUCCAGACACUACGGCCCGUCUCCUCGCCUCUCAAGAACCUCGCAUCCGGCUCCGGCCAAACCUCAUCCAAUGGAAACCCCAAGCCCGCCCUCGCGCCCGCACCCGCCUCAACCACAGGCCAAACGUUGCCUCCGACGCUCGACCUCGCCGAGCAGAUGAACGAGGAGGAGAAGCGCAAAUACGUCAAGGGCAAGAAGCUCGGUGAAGGUACCUACGCCGUCGUCUUCCUCGGCCACCUCCGCUCCAACCCGGCGACGCGCGUCGCCAUCAAGAAGAUCAAGGUGCAGAAGGAAUACACAGAGGGCAUGGCGCCCGACGCGGUGCGCGAACUCAAGCACCUGCAGGAGCUGCAGCACCCAAACAUCAUCUCGCUGCUCUCCGUCUUCUCCUCCAAGGACCAGAACCUCAACCUGGUGCUCGAGUACCUCCCGCUCGGCGACCUCGAAAUGCUCAUCCGCGACACCGACAACGUCCGCUACGGCGCCGCCGACAUCAAGGCCUGGAUGGGCAUGCUCACCCGCGCAGUGUGGUUCUGCCACGAGAACUUUGUCCUGCACCGAGAUAUCAAGCCCAACAACUUGCUCAUCGCCGCCGACGGUGAGGUCAAGCUUGCCGAUUUCGGUCUCGCGCGAAGCUUCGCCGACCCCCAUCGCCACAUGACUUCCAACGUCAUCACCCGCUGGUACCGCCCACCUGAGCUGCUCUUCGGCGCCCGAUACUACAGCGGCGCCGUCGACGUUUGGUCCGUCGGCACUGUCUUCGCAGAGCUCAUCCUUCGCGCGCCGUACAUGCCCGGCAACAACGAGCUCGACCAGAUCAAGAUGAUCUGCGAGUCCAUCGGCACUCCCACCGAAGACAACUGGCCCGGCGUCACCCGGCUGCCAGAGUACACCGUGCCCGGCCAGCACCCCACGCGCGGGAGGGACUGGUACGAGAUGCGGUUCGGCAUCGUAGGCACCGACGGCGUCGAUCUGCUCAUCAAGACGCUCGCCCUGAACCCGCAGAAACGCAUCACCGCGCGAGAGAUGCUCAAGCACCGCUGGUGGCAUUCCGAGCCCAAGCCCACGCGCAAGGACGACCUGCCCCGGAAAGACAGCGGCGCUGGAGAGGACAAGAUGGGCAUGGACCUGAAACGGCGUCCUGGAAUGGUGGCUGACGAAGAUAGGGGUGCCAAGGUGGCCCGCAAGCUGGACUUUGGACAGAGGUAGAAUGCUCGGUUUCGAGCUUCUUUUGUUUUGUUUGUUUUUCUUGAGGUCUCUCUGCACCUCACUAAGAAAAGGCGUUCUCAUCCGGAUAACAUAUACAUGUAUAUACCACAUCUACCACGGAGUUGGCUCUAAACUGAGAAGAGGGGCCCAAUGGAUCAAGGCCAAAUAAGCUAUAUAAUGGGAAAAUCA